AUGACUGUUGAACGCCUCCGACUCAAAACUACACUACCCAGGAUGCAAAACGUCGCCAAGAAGGGAAGUCUAAUUCUAAGCCGCUUGGAUAAAAAAAGCCAACAGCUGAAGUAUUGUAUUACACCAGAGGAACCUGACUAGCCUAUAAUAGGACAAGGGCGACACAAAGUAACCCGACUGGUCACGCUCUGUAAAUCUCUCAGAUAUGACGCGGAAAUUAAGAGCACCGACAUUUGAUUUGACAUUAAAAAUGUUGGUCUCAAGUUAUGCCAGAAGACGCAGCGUGGAGUUGGACCUGUAACGGGACUGUGGAUUUAAACUUGAAGUAAUGUUGCUUGUUCUUCCUGUCAUCCUGAAGGACUGGAGCUAGUCUGAAGAGGCUCCGCCAUGGGAUGUGUACAGAGUGUGAAACUCAAGCCCAGUUUUCAUGAGAACAUCACGGUCCUGGAACUGCAAGCCUCCAUUGAUCCCAGCCCGACUGUCAUCGAUGAGUCCUCUAAUGUGGUUCUGCGAUACCGCACGCCUUACUUCAGGGCAUCGGCUCAGGUGCAGGUGCCACCCAUGCUCUGCAAAGAGAUCUGGACCGUUGGCUGGAUUCAAGCUUGCAAUCAGAUGGAUUUCUUCAAUAUAUAUGGAAGCGAAGGAGUAUCCAGCUGGGAGCUUCCAGAGCUAAAAUGUGGGCGGAUCCAGGCCAUUAGUGAUUCAGAUGGUGUGAAUUAUCCCUGGUACGGCUGCACCACUGAGAUGUACACAAUAGUGGGUCCCACUAAGAAGAGCACCAAACUCACCGUCAGCAUGAAUGACAACUUCUGCCCAAGUGUGACGUGGAGUGUCCCAGUGGGCACCACCAGCAGUCCCCCUCUCCUGAGCUCCAUCCAGAGGGACCAGCGCUUCACCACGUGGCUAGUGGCCAUGAAUGAAACCACAGCUGAGAUGGUGCUACUCCGAAGCAUCCGCUGGAGGAUGCAGCUCUGCAUUAAAGUGGAUCCAAUGAAGCCUCUGGGUCAGAGAGCCACAGUUGUGGAGCCUCUGAUCCAGGAACAGCCUCAAGUCCUAGUUAGAAAUGAACCCAUCCCAACAAACGCCUUGCUUAAGCCUAAUGCCAACGAUGCCCAGGUUUUAAUGUGGCGGCCUAUAAAUGGGGACCCCAUUGUGGUCAUACCCCCAAAAUAUUGAGCUAAUGAAGGGUAUUUCAGUUAAAUGAAGAAUGGCAUGGAGUGUGUGAGAAUAAUAGUCAACAGGCUAACUAUGGUUUUAAAGGAUGGUUUUAAACGAACAAAUGUACUAUUUGUGUAUUUAUUGAUGGUUGAUAGGCUGUUUGAAAGGACAGUCCACUUAAAAAUUAAGAUUCUCUCAU